AUGAGUUGUACCGAGUCAUAUAUGGGUUCAUCCGGACCUAAUCAUCAUGCGCAUUACAAUGAGUGGUCUUCAUCAACUUCUUCGAUUCCUUCCGCAAGUGAUAAUAACUAUGUAUCAAGUGGAGGAUCUAUUUAUCAUCCACCGCCAAGUUCAUCUUACACGGGCCAUAAGGCACCUCCUUGCACUUCACAUCAUCAGUGGGUCACUGCCACUAGCUAUGCUCAAACUCAGCAGCCUGACACUCAAGCAAUUCAACAGCAUCCACAUGUUUCAGUGACUUCUGUUGCUGGUACUGGCACAACUGCUACAAUAGCGGCAACUUCCCUUGCUACACCUACCACUAAUACCUAUAAAUGGAUGCAUACAAAACGAGCAGCUGCUAAACUUUCAGUUCCCAAACGACCUAUAAUUGAGGAUACAAACGCUAUUCGGACCAAUUUUACCACUCAUCAACUUACGGAAUUGGAGAAGGAGUAUUAUACUUCUAAAUAUUUGAAUCGGACCAGACGAGCAGAAAUCGCAUCAAUUUUGCAGCUCAACGAAACCCAAGUGAAAAUUUGGUUUCAAAAUCGACGUAUGAAGGAGAAGAAGCGACAGAAAGAACAGGCCUUUUUGGCAAGAGGUACCUGCGGUGGUGGAGGAGCACCACUUGCGCUCUGCAAAGUUCCUCCUCAUCGGAGAGUAGUGAACCAAGAUAAUACCAAUACAUGGUCUUCCGAAUCACCUUCUUGUACUCCGCAUGAUUCUCCAAAACUAAUACACCCUUCUUUGUGA